CCGGUGAUCAUGUGAUGACGAGUCGUUGCUGGUGGAAACAGCUGGUAGUUUCUGUCAACGAGCGCUGCAUCCAGCAUGCAGCAUGGGAGAGAAUAAAAGUUAAACCCGAGUCGGAAUUGGUCAAAUCUUCUUUAUUUUGAAGGUCUGAUGCUAGUGGUGUGUCGCUGGCUACCUCGUCCCGACAGUUUGGCCGAAGUAGAGCAGAACGCGGCUUGUUAUUAGCCUGUCUCGUCGGCAUCCACUGUAACCGGCGGCUAACACCUGCUAGCUUGCAGACUUGAUUGGCAAGUCUGUAAAGUCGAAUAACUAGGUGCCACUCUGUUGUCACCGUUUUUGCCUCGACUAUUUAUUUGCUAACCGUCAGGACCGGGGUCUAGGUUCUGUCGACAUGGCUCACGUCCAUUACAAAUUCUCCUCUAAACUAAAAUACGACACGAUGGUGUUCGACGGCCUCAACAUCACGCUGAAAGACCUGAAGAGGCAGAUCAUGGACCGGGAGAAACUUCGAGCCGCCGACUGCGACCUGCAGAUCACCAACGCGCAGACGAAGGAAGAGUACAAAGAUGACGAGGAUCUCAUCGCUAAGAACUCCUCUAUUAUUGUGAGGCGAAUCCCUAUGGUGGGUGUCAAGUCAUCGGGGAGCAAGACUACGUCCAAGACGACGUCCAAGACCACUGACCGUUCCGACAACCAAUUUCACCACCAGGCCUUUGGGUCCACCAAAGCAAUGGAUAACCAGAGUUUUUCCAGAUCCCUCACCCUUCUCUCCCAGACCUGCAAUCUGGCCAACGCAAACGCGUCGGAGGAGGACAAAAUCCAAGCCAUGAUGUCCCAGUCCACCCAUGAAUACGACCCCAUGAAUUAUGUGAAGAAGCACGGGCCUCCUCCACCAAACUACACCUGUUUCCGAUGUGGGAUGAAUGGUCACCACAUCAGAAACUGCCCCACCAAUGGGGACAAGACCUUUGAGUCCCUGCCCAAGAUCAAGAAGAGCACGGGCAUCCCUCGCUCUUUCAUGGUGGAAGUGGACGACCCCAACAUCAAGGGGGCCAUGCUGACCCACUGCGGUCGAUACGCCAUUCCCACCAUAGACGCCGAGGCCUAUGCCAAGGGGAAGAAGGAGAGGCCUCCAUUCGCGCCGCCCCUGCCCCCGGCCGCGGGCGCCGCGGGGGAGGAGAAGAAGGAGGAGGAGGAGGAGGCGGUCCCCACGGAGCUGCUGUGUCUCAUCUGCAGGGAGAUGCUCCACGAUGCCGUCCUCAUCCCCUGCUGUGGGAACAGCUACUGUGACGACUGCAUCCGCAGCGCCUUGCUGGAGUCAGACGAGCACGUCUGCCCCACCUGCGCCAAGGUGGACGUCUCUCCAGACACCCUGGUAGCCAAUAAGUUCCUCCGACAGGCGGUGAACAGCUUCAACAACGAGCUCGGCAACCAGAACAGCCUGGCCACACCGGGACCCAGUGCCCCGGCGUCCCAGACGUCCAGCCCCAGCCCAGCCCCCAAUCCCCCUCCACCCGUCUCUGCCACCCAGACCCGCCCCAAGACGCCCUACCAGCAAACACGCCACCAGCAGGACCCUCUGAUGUCCCGCCCACCGCCUGCACACACCCCGCCAUUGGCUCAACCGAACACGCCGUCUCCCGUAGCAACGGCCGCCUCAUCUGCCUCCAGCACUCCGGUCAACUCUCCGCCGCGUCCGCAGAACCAGCCGGACGUGCCCGGCAGCACGGAGGCCGAGGCUGAGGUUUCCGUUGAUGCAGCCGAGGCCUCCAUCCCCUCUGGGUCCUCCUCCCCUGUGGAGGCACCACCACUGAUGGCCCCGGGUUACCAUGUUCCAGUGGCGGAAGACCGGGAGUCCAUCAGCCCUAAAAAUACACAAAUGUCCCCAACGUACCCAACAGUCCGACCCUCGGAACAGCCACCCGCCAAGGAGAGCUCCUCCACCUCCUCCGGUCCUGCCGUCGGCGGGGGUUGGCCCUACCCCAGGGAGGGCCCCGGCCCGCCCCUCCCACCCCCUCGCCCUCCCUCCGGCCCCCCUCCCCCCGGCCCCCCGCCCGCCCCGCCUCACCCGCCUCCCGCCCCGCAGCGCUUCCUCCCGCCGCCCUCCCCCUUCCCCUCCAUGCCCUUCCCCCCGUACCCGGGCUUCCCCCCGGGGUUCCCGUUCGCGGCGCCUCCCUGGGCGCCCCCUGGCCUGCCGCCCGCCUGCCCCGCGGUCCCCCCCCCUCCCCCCCUCCGCCCCCCCGCUCUCCCCCCCGCCUGCUCCGCCUCCGCCUCCAUCCCCCCCCUCAUCCCGAAGGAGGAGAUGUACCGACACCAGCGGCGGCGGAUGAACGAGAGCAGAUCGUCGUCCGGCCGCGGGCCCAACAGAGACGGGCGGGGCCAGCAGAGGCCCAAGCCCGCCGUGGACGAGAUGGGCGGGGACUUCGCCAAAGAGCUGCUGGAGUACCGGCGGAUGCAGAGGCAGAGGAGGCGCUCCUACUCCAGGUCGCCUCAGAGGAGCUCCUCCGUCAGCCAGAUGUCCUCUGACUCCUACUCCCCCUCCAGGAGCUACUCCAGGUCCCCCAGCAGGUCCCCGGGCCCCGCGCACUCCAGAGGCAGAUCUAGAUCCAGGUCCCGCCCACGCCACAGACGGAGCUCCGCCCGUCGCCACGGCGACCGCUCCCAUCACCACGGCUACAAGCGGUCCCGUUCCCCGACGCCGCCCUCGUCCUCCCCGUCCCGCCGCCGGAGGAGCUCCCGGACGCGGUCCAGGUCCCGCUCUCGGUCCCGGGGGUCCCGGCGGAAGGCGUCGCGCUGCCGCCACCACCGCCACCGCGCCGGGAGUCACCGCGAUCACCACGGCGACCCCGGGCGCCGGGGCUCGCCGGGCUGCGACCGCCGCCCGCACCACGCGGGCUGCGGCGCCCAGCGCUUCCGCCAGUGGGAGACGGAGUACCUGCAGUGGUACGACAAGUACUUUGGCAGCUACACCGGGGCGCCCCACCACCUCCAGCCGCCGCCCCUCCUGCCCGCGCCCCGCCCCGCCUGCGGCCGCCCAGCGCCCGGCCACCGGCGCCCGUCCCCCUCGGGCCCCUGCUCCUCCUCGCAGCACCCCCGGCCCCCGCCGGGCCGGCUCCCCGCCAAGAGGAGCCGCUCCCCCUCCCGGCGGUCGCCCGACGGCGGCUCCUCCCCGGGCAGCGACGAGGACUCGGCCUCGCUGACCUACCAGCAGAGGUGCUCGGAGAUGUUCGGGCACCAGGCGUCGUACCGGGACGAGGCCGAGGACCGAGAGCCGGCCCCCCGCACGCCGGCCCCCAGGGGUCCCGACGACCCGACGCACGAGAAGAAGAAGAGGAGGAGGAGGAGCGAGAGGGAGCGAGCGGACGGGGGCGAGGCGGAGGAGGCCCCGCCUCUGGGCGCCUCCUUCGCCUCCUCGUCUGGUCGCGGCCGCUGGGACGGGGGAAGCAACCGCGGCAGCCCGGGUCCCCCGCAACACAGCCUGGGGGUCUGCAGCCGGGCGGAGCCAGGGGACGAGGCCUGGGACCGACCCUACGCUGGGACGCUGAGGUCCGACGGCGGAAGGGAGGGCCAGAGAGGCGAUGGGGGGAGGGAGGGCCAGAGAGGCGAUGGGGGGAGAGAGGCCCAGAGAGGCGAUGGGGGGAGAGAGGGCCAGAGAGGCGAUGGGGGGAGGGAGGGCCAGAGAGGCGAUGGGGGGAGAGAGGGCCAGAGAGCCGAUGGGGGGAGAGAGGGCCAGAGAGCCGAUGGGGGGAGAGAGGGCCAGAGAGCCGAUGGGGGGAGAGAGGGCCAGAGAGGCGAUGGGGGGAGGGAGGGCCAGAGAGCCGAUGGGGGGAGAGAGGGCCAGAGACAUCCAGGCGAUGAGGGAGUGUCCACAGAGCCCAGCCGGGCUCCAGAGGCGGGCAGACCAAAGCAUGGCGAGCCACGUCCGGAUCACUCCAGGUCGGAGAGGAAAAAGCGACGGGAAGAGGAGAGGAGCAGCGAGUCCCUGAGGAAGGACGUUCCUCUGGACGGCCGGCACCUCGACGCCUCGCACAGGAGCGAGAACGCAAAGUCAGGGCAGGACGGAGACGACCCGAGGCACGGGGGUAAACCCAACGCCGUCGAGAAGGACGCGCCCCCCCGUGGAUCACCGAUGGAGAACCCCCUCUGGGAAGGGGUGACGAAGGUGAGGAACCCCCAGAGGAAGACCAUCAGCAUCAACAUCAACCUAGCCCAGCUGGAGGAGGUCCAGAAGGUGGCUGAGUCUCAACCGACGGCCGGCAGCUCGGUCGAAGAAGAGCGAAUGGACGCCGGCGAUGAAAACGAGGACACGCCCACAGUGGAGGACGGGGAGGAAGUGGUGGACGACAACAGAGGAGUAAAACAACUGACCACCGUCCGGAGAGCCGCGGAGGUACCCGUUUGUGGAGGAGAGGCGAUGAAGACUAUGGAGAAGAAGAGGAGCAGGAGAGCUGAUGGAGGCAAGGUAUUGGAGGAGGAGGAGGAGGAGGAGUCGAGGGCAGGAGCGAGGAAGAGGCGGGGUGAGGAGCCAGGGGAGGUGGGCGGGGAGAGGACCAAAGCCCCUGGACGAAGAAGCCAAAGCACCUCAGCUUCCGGGGAAACGCCAAUCCAUGCUAGGAGGGAUCGAAGCGAGGGCCGCCAGGAACGGAAGAGGAAGACCCUGGAGAACCACAGUAGCCGGGACGGCUUCCUCCACCCCGAGGACACCACGGCCCCCGUGAAGGUCCGCUCCAGGUGGGCGCCGCUGGAGGCGGGGGACGAGGGCCCCCCCGCGGGGAAGGAGGAGCCGGCGUCCGGCGAGGCUCGUCUACGCGACGCCCCCGCAGCGCUCGGCCCCGCCCCCGCAGCGCUCGGCUCCGCCCCCGUCCCCGCGCCGACGAAGAGGACCGCCGCUAGAGACGGGCUCGCCCUGGAGGACGGGGCCAGAGCGCCGCGCGGGCGGGAGGCCGAGGGGGGGAGGGAGAGGGAGGCGGCCGGGGGGAGGUCCGGGGGGGCGGGGGGAGGGGGAGGCGAGGGCGGCAGAGACCAGAGGAGGAGAACCACAGAGAGCGAGCGGGCGAGCGGCGGGACGGAGAAGAGGGGUCCCCACUCCUUCUCCUCCUCCUCCUCCUCCUCGCGGACCGCCGGCGACGCGAGGGGCCGGGAGCCCGAGGACGCCGCCGCCGCCGCCGCCGGCCCCGGGCCGUCCCAGCCCUCGUCCCGCUCCUCCUCCUCCUCCUCGUCCUCGUUCUCCCAGCCCGACGGCGUUCCCCGUCAGCCCGCCGCCGCGGCGGGCGUCUCCGGCGCCGACGGCGGCGGGGGGAGUCGCGGGCGCCGUGACCCCGACGCCACGGCGUCCCGCCGCGACGGGAAGGCCCCCGCGGCCCGCCGGGACGGCGAGGAGCACCAGCCCCUCCGAGAGCAGAGGGACCCCCGCAGCCCGGCGGAGGGCCCCCCCCCGGGGGGCCCCGAGAGGAGGGACCCGCGCCCCCCCUCCUCCCAGCGCCCUGCAGCGGGCCCCCCCGGCGCCGGGGGGGCCCGGGGGCCGCCGGACAAGCCCCGGCUGGACGUGUUCUCCGGGGGGCGUAACGCUCUGCUGCGGCCCCGGAAGCCCAUCGACAUCAAGAUCAUCAGCGGGGCGUCGCUGUUCCAGCAGAGCAGGGUCUAG